UUGGAGUAGGAAGCAACACUGACUAGAGUACUUUUGUGUGUUUUUGUGAUAAUUUAUUAAAAAAAGGACGCUGUUAUGUAAUGAAAGUGGUGGUUUUGUUACUUCGUGUUAACAUAAAAACAAUGACUUUAAUAAAUUAUGUGUGUUAUUGUAAAUAUAGUUUAGUAAUAUUCGCAACAGUGGCUUCUAUUUUGACAUACACACAAGGUCAUGUGCUGGAGUUUACAGUGGAACCGACGGACACAGUUGUGGAAUCGGGGCAAUCGGCCGUUUUGGACUGUGUCAUUAAAUCGUCUCAUCCUGCGAGCGUUUUGAUCCAAUGGCUGGAUCAAGACCGACAAAAACUGACGUAUUUAGGUGAUCUAUACAGGUCUCAACUUACAAACGGUUCAUUGUAUAUAAAUAGCGUGUUAGAAGAACAAAGAUUAACAGGGACUUACCAAUGCAUGGCUUCGUUGCCGAACGUCGGCUCCAUUGUGAGCAAAACAGCCAAGCUGAAUGUAGCCAGUAUUUCCGACUUUGUGGAGGAGCCUCGCGACCUCCGCGUGUACGAGGGACAAAGGGCUCAUUUCGCGUGUCACGUGGUGGCGUCGCCGCCCGCCAAAAUCCGCUGGCUGAAAGACGAAAGACCUCUCCAAAUCGAUGAAUUACGAAUGACUUUGCUUCCUUCCGGAGCGCUGGAAAUCGACGAAGUUACAGAGUCGGAUCAGGGCUCCUAUAGGUGUAAUGCCACAGGCUUGAAUUUGUAUAAACUAAGCAAUAAGGCCACUUUGGUGGUGAGUGGGGAGCGGGAAGAGGCCCAUUUCGUGUCCCCAACGUUCAUCGCAAGGCCCAAGUCAGCUGUGGUCGUUGAAGGGCAGAAUGUGUCGCUCGACUGUGCCGCUAAUGGAUAUCCACAUCCGACUAUAACAUGGCUGAAAGAUGGGUCGACCAUCGAUAUGACUUUUCUGGAUAGUAGGUUUAGUAAAGUCGGUUCAACGAGUUCCUUACGAAUUACUAAUAUUAAAGAAGAGGAUGCCGGGACUUAUCAAUGUCGAGCCGCGAAUCGCGAAGAUAGUUUAGAUGCAUCCGCCACAAUUCAGGUUCAAGUGCCUCCUAGGUUUAGGAAAAAACCCCAAGACAAAAUAGAAAAUGCAAAUAAAGACAUUGAAUUAGAGUGUAGCGUUUACGGUAAUCCUGAACCCAAAAUCAGUUGGUUCAAGGACGGGGAAGCUAUCAUUUCGAACGACUAUUAUCAAAUAGUCAACGGUCAUAAUUUAAAAAUAAUGGGAUUAAUGCCUUCCGAUUCAGGUAUUUUCCAAUGUUUUGCCUCAAAUCCCGCCGGGAAUAUCCAAGCAGCGGCUAGCCUGAAAGUGAUAAAUCCAGGCCCGAAAAAGCCCAAACCUGGACGUAAAAAAUCGAAAAAAAACCGCGACAAUCCCAUCGAUCAAAUGCAAUCCUUUACUCUAUUCUCCCACUUGAAACCUGACAGUUCCGCUCGACUUGGCGACGUAGAUUUCGGUCAUUUUGCACGCCGUAAAAAUUUCUUGCAAGACUCAUCUGCUUCAACUCAGACGAUUUACGAUCCUCAAAGAGCUUUUUCCUCGUUGAAAAGUAGCGAAUCUUACGAUAAUAUUAACUUGGGUGAUACUCAACAUGCUUUUUUCCCUCCCUCUUCCACAUCUAUUACAGCUGAAAGCUCAGUUGCGAAAACAACCGAGGGAUUCCCGGGACCUCCGCAGGACCUUAAAGCCCCCAUUGUCAAAGCGAGAUUUGUCACCUUGAGCUGGAAGGCCCCACUGGUAAACAACGACAAUAUACACACUUAUACGGUGUACUAUAGACAAGAAGGCAGCGAAAGAUGGCGAGUGCAAAAUACGAGCAGGUCUCGACUUGAAGAAAUCAACAUUGCAGGGCUUACGCCUAGUAAAGUGUAUCACUUUAGAGUGGUGGCGAUUAAUUCAGUGGGGGCUGGAGUGUCGUCAGAAAGUUUGACAGUUACGACACAAUCAGAGGAACACGUAGCAAGUGCCCCAACACACUUUGUGGUUUAUGCGACAAGUCCGCGGACAAUUUAUUUGAGUUGGAGGCCCCCAGAGACCCCCAAUGGCAAUAUUUUGAGAUACAUGGUGUACUACAUGGAGACGAGUUCUUCGAUUGAACAUAAUAUUGAUACAAUUGAGUUGAAGUACCAUUUAGUGGGUUUGUCCAUUUAUACCGAGUAUAGUGUAUGGGUAGUUGCUGUAAAUGAGAAUGGACCAGGGGCGGCAACUGAAGAAAAAAUUGUGCGAACAUUAAGUGCGUCACCCUCAGAACCACCUUCUAAUAUCACUUUAGAACCCACAAGCACGACUGUUAUAGUUCGGUGGGAACCACCACCACCCGAGUACCAAAACGGGGUUAUAACCGGUUACAAGUUAAAAUAUCGCAAACAGGGUAAAAAAGGUGUGACUGUAACCACUUCAGCCAACGAACGAUUUUACGUUUUGAAUGAUUUGGAACGAGGUGCCGAGUACCAAGUCAAAUUAUGGGCGAUCAAUGUCAAUGGUACCAGUCCACCAUCAGAAUGGAUUACCGUAGAAACGUACAAAAACGAUUUGGAUGAAACUAGAGUACCUGAUUCACCUGGGCCUUUAAGAGUACGACCAACUUCGAAUAAAUUAUACGUCUUGUGGACCCCACCAACAAAUCAGAAUAUUCGGGUCCGAAAUUAUGUUCUAGGAUGGGGCAAAGGUAUCCCUGACAUGUAUACUCAAGAAUUAGACGAAAAGACUCGCAGUUACGUUAUUGAUAAACUCGAGGCGAAUUCCGAGUACGUUUUGAGUUUAAGGGCUGCAAAUCAGAUGGGGCCCGGACCUCCGGUUUAUACAACUGUGCGAACUCAAGAUGAGCCCCCGCCAGAACCAUCGCCCCCUUUGAUCCCACCAGUGGGGCUCAAAGCGCAGAUUUUGAGUGCCACAUCGGUCGUACUCUAUUGGACAGACACCACACUUAGUAAAAGUCAGUUUGUGCGAGACAAUCGCUACUACGUGGUAAAAUACACUGCUGAAAGAACGAUGCGAACUCGCACCGUGAACGUGACAGACCUCAAUGUAAUGAUCGAUGACCUCAAACCAAACACGCUUUAUGAGUUUGCGGUGAAACUCGUUAAAGGUCGCAAGGAGAGUCCCUGGAGCAUGGUUGUGCAGAAUGCGACAUGGGAAUUGGCCCCGAAUGCGUCCCCGAGGGACUUGGAUGUGCAUUUAAAAGAGGACGAACCGCAAUUGGUGGAAUUGACAUGGCAACCCCCUAAAAUAACCAGCGGUCGAAUAACAGGUUAUGUGAUCUUAUACACGGAUAAUAAAACAAAAAGCGAUCGCGAAUGGCUGGCACAAGCAACCAAGGGUGACAAGCAUUCAGCCGUGUUGGGCGACCUUAAGCCUAACACCGAAUAUUAUUUCAAAGUUCAAGCACGGAAUAGUAAAGGUUAUGGACCUUUUUCUAACGUUGUCAUUUUCACAACGGGGUCAAAUGUUGGUACUUUGGUAAACAGUUCGCGGCAACAUUUAGACGGGAAAGGAAUUUUUUCCGGUACUGUUAUCAUAUACUUCCUCAUCGGAGGUUGUAUCAUCGCUGUUACGACGAUAGGUGUCGUAACAAUCGUUUUGUGUUGUCGGAGAAGAGACGCAACUGCAUCUCCGGAUAGAAGUAAAAAAGGUUACCAGAAAGGUAACCAAAGUGUCAAACCACCGGAUUUGUGGAUCCAUCAUGAUCAAAUGGAGUUGAAAGCUAUGGAAAAAAGUCAGUCGAAUCAUGAUGGUGCUAGUAGUAGUGGCGCAAUGACUUUACCGCGAAGUGUGGGAGGUAACGAUUAUGACCCCCACGAAACUGGUAUACACACAAAUUCGUUAGAUCAACGCACUUAUGUUCCUAACUAUAUGGGUGUUUCCCCUGAUGAUAAAAUCAAACGACCAAUCAGAUCUAAGCCAAUUAUAACGUUACCAGUGGUCUCCACACCGCCGAGAGAACCAAUAGCAACCCCAAUUAAUACCACAUCUCUAAGCCAAUCGAGCACAGACUCGACGCCUUCAAGUCGGCCUUCAUACCCCCGUACUCAAUACAACAUGGCACGAGCCCAUGUGACUGUAGAUCCGUUAUCAAACCCCGAAAAUCCUUACGCCUUGCAUCCUUCAAGCUGGACCGAAUCCAACAUUAGUCAAGUGCCUCCGAUGGGGGCCCACGUCCCUUCCACGUACGCCCCCGGUCUGGGCGUCCUCGCCGAGUCCCAGGGGUGCAAACGCGUUCCGGCUCAAAAUCAUCCCUUGAAGAGUUUCACAGUGCCGGCUCCGCCCCCCAUUUCGGCCCCUGGGACGCCCCAGCCGAAACACAUAGUGAGGCCCAACUCGUCGCCAUACAAGAAGCCGCCGACGAGCAGUUCGAGUACUUUGGCGAGUACGCCGCCCUCUAGGAUAAAUCCGACGAAUCCGCCCCCACAUACCGCUGAAGAAGUACAAAGACUGCAGCCGUCACACUCCACCGAGGAACUGAAUCAGGAAAUGGCGAAUUUGGAAGGACUCAUGCUCACACUUAGCACAAUCACAGCGAAUCAGUUCGAAUGUUAAAGUGAGAGACGGACGAUGUUAGGCAGCUUUAGUUUAUUUAUUUCGUGAUUUUUGGUUGAUAUUAGUGGCGCGAAUGGGACUUGGGACUUUUUUGUUAGUUAUACAGAUCUCAACGUAAUUUUUAAAUCGCCAAUCGGUACAAAUUGGCAAGGCCUACUUUUAUAUGCCAUAAAUAGACUUAAGUGAAUUUUGUACGGCCAUUUUAUACUUCUAAUGACGACUCAAAACUAGUUCAUUUUUUAGUUGUUAAUGUGAUACGACAGGUCCACGAUUCAGUAUUCUUGCCUCGAUUUGGUGGUGAUCCGAAUUGGCCCUCAAAUAAACGAUCACCAAAUCAACGAUUUUAUUUAAAUAUUUUUCUAAACGUUCUAGAAGAGUACAAUCAAUUGAUAUUUAAAUAAAAUGGUGAUAGCCAUGCUUGUAUAUACUACCUGUAAAAAGUUCUGUAUUUAUUAAAUAAAUCGAUUUUUACAUUUUGUAUUAUUGUACAUAAAAACGUAAAAUAUAUUUAAAUUUUUUACAUUAGUACUAAAUGUAAUUUACAUAAUCUGCUACGAUGCUUUAAUCUGAGUCCAUGACAUGGAGAAGCGUACUUUUCGCCAUGUUUAUACAGUAUUUUUUUUUGUUUUGUUUAGAAUUGUACCUUCUAUGAAACGAUUCAGUGUUGUUUUUUUUUCAUAAUGUACGUAAUAAUGUGAUGUGUGAGAUUAAUUGGCUACUUGCAGGCAUGUUUCAAUUUCACUUGCCUUAUAAAUUGUUAAUGUAACAUAUUUUACGAAUCUUUUUUACUGUAGUAGUAGUUAGCUACUUACUAUUACAAUUUAUGUGACUGAUAUUAAAAUAUAAGGAUAUAUAUCGAA